UGCGAAUACAGCCAAGCUCCAAUCGGUGUGAGUGGCUAAUCCUCGCGGCUAAGGAUAAGCUUGCGUUUCAAAUUCGACAGAGGAACCCUUUUGGAACCGGUUGAAAACCAUCCCGAAACUCUGAGGACCCUAUUUACAGCCAAAUCGGGGGUGCUCGUCGACUUCAUCCUAGCCCUUUACGAUCUAGUCGCUCGGACCCAGUUUUCUCUGGGCCUGCUAAUCUCGGAAACGUGCCCCCUUCUCUGCUGGAGGCAGCGCAACCACGGUACCAUAAAUACCUUCUUCUCGCCUGCCUGUCAUGAUGAGUUCUCUUCUUCCUCAUCGCACUCCUUUGCUCUCUUUCCUACCCCAUCCAGUCUCUCUUUAAUCAGUUUUUCCUGUUGAUCCAGGUUUUCAUUCAUUUCCUCAAAAUGCAUUUCAUCAAGUCCUCUAUCUUGGCUGCCACCAUGGGCGCUGCGCUGGUCGCGGCUGCUCCCACUGACAUCGAGAAGCGCUCCAGCUGUACCUUCACCGAUGCCGCCAAGGCCAAGUCUGGCAAGACCUCUUGCUCGACCAUCUACCUCAACAACAUCGAGGUUCCGGCUGGUGAAACUCUUGAUCUGACCGGCCUCAAGUCCGGCACCACUGUUAUCUUUGAGGGUACCACCACUUUCGGCUACAAGGAGUGGAAGGGUCCUCUGAUCUCCAUGUCCGGUACCGACAUCACUGUCAAGCAGGCCACCGGCGCCAAGAUUAACUGCGACGGCUCCCGCUGGUGGGACGGCAAGGGCACCAACGGCGGCAAGACCAAGCCCAAGUUCUUCUAUGCCCACAAGCUGGACCAGUCCAGCAUCACUGGACUCAAGGUCUAUAACACCCCCGUCCAGGGCUUCAGCAUCCAGGCCGACCACCUGACCCUCACCGACGUGACCAUCGAUAACUCCUCCGGUAACUCCGAGGGCCACAACACCGAUGCCUUCGACAUUGGCUCCAGUACCUACAUCACCAUUGAUGGCGCCAAGGUCUACAACCAGGACGACUGCUUGGCCAUCAACUCCGGAGAGCACAUCACUUUCACCAACGGCUACUGCAGCGGUGGCCACGGUCUCUCCAUCGGCUCCGUCGGUGGCCGCAGUGACAACACUGUCUCCGACGUGACCAUCUCCAACUCGCAGGUCGUCAACUCCCAGAACGGUGUCCGCAUCAAGACCGUCUACGAUGCCACCGGUACCGUUGAGGGUGUCAAGUUCGAGGACAUCACCCUCUCCGGCAUCACCAAGUACGGUAUCGUCGUCGAGCAGGACUACGAGAACGGCUCCCCCACCGGUACCCCCACCAACGGUAUCAGCGUCAAGGACAUCACCUUCAACAAGGUCACCGGUACCGUUGAGAGCUCCGCCACUGACAUCUACCUCCUUUGCGGUUCCGGCAGCUGCUCUGGCUGGACCUGGUCUGGCGUCAGCGUCGCCGGUGGCAAGAAGAGCUCCAAGUGCAAGAACGUUCCCUCCGGUGCCUCUUGCUAAGCGGGCGGAUUCGUUUCUGCUCGAAGUUUUCUUGGUCAUCACAAGAGUGCGAUCUCGUGGUGGAUGGGGUAGUGUGUCAGGUGGAUAGGGUGGCCUGUCAACGGGGGAUGGGAGUUAAUUCUUUCCAAGCUCUUGGUGAGAGUCAGG